AAGAAGAACACUUCCGUUUUCCUUUCGGAUCCCGCCCCGCUCCGCCAUCAUGAAGUCCUGAACAAAAACGGAUGAGAGUCGAGCAAAAUGGGGAUAACACGAACUGGAGAUGAAUUCCGCCGACAACACUAACGUAAUGACAGUCCAAAGUGAAGCACGGAGCGGACCCGUGGGAAUUAAUGAAUCAGUUUCCCAUUGAAAACGUCCCAGGCAGCCCCUAGCGUUACGUUAUUUAGUUAGCGUGUUGCUAACAUCAGCUAGAGCGAGUUUCUGAUUUUCUUUGGGAGACAGCUCUGCUACUAGCUGGCUGGCUACCGUUAGUUUAGCUGGCAGACGUCAGUCAGCUAGCUGUCACUUUAAUUGACUGGCACUUUACUCGUGUCAAGUCGUGCAGACGUGCUAGCUGUCCAAUUGACUGGGAGCAUCAGGAUGGAGAGGAGUUUGAGUAAAAGCAUCGACAGACAGAAUGUGGUCUGCUCGUGUUGAAUAGACACACCAGUGCCGAGGAAAGGGGGGUGAGACCAAUAUUUUCCAGCCAGGCCGGCCGGUUAGCUAGCUCCAGAGCUAGCUACAGUGGAUCCCAAAAGCCACGGCGCUGGCCAUGCCGUCGAGUGUGCGGGCCGGGAGCCUGAAGGACCCGGAGGUGGCUGAGCUGUUCUUCAGGGAGGACCCUGAGAAGCUCUUCACGGACCUGAGGGAGAUCGGCCAUGGGAGCUUCGGAGCAGUCUACUUCGCCCAUGACAUCCGCACCAAUGAGGUGGUGGAAAAAAAAAAGCCAACACCCCCAAAAUAAUUUUAAUUUAUUUUGGGGGGUUUUCAGAAAAAAUGGCAGGAUAUCAUCAAGGAAGUGAAGUUCCUCCAGAAACUGCGUCACCCCAACACUGUUGAGUACCAUGGCUGCUACUUGAGAGAGCACACAGCAUGGCUGGUGAUGGAGUACUGCUUGGGCUCGGCUUCUGACCUCUUAGAAGUCCACAAGAAACCCCUCCAGGAAGUGGAAAUAGCUGCCAUAACCCAUGGUGCGUUGCAGGGAUUGGUGUAUCUUCACUCUCACAACAUGAUUCACAGAGAUGUGAAGGCAGGAAACAUCUUGCUAACGGAGCCGGGUCAGGUCAAACUGGGAGACUUUGGCUCUGCCUCCAUCGUUGCCCCAGCCAACUCCUUCGUGGGAACACCUUACUGGAUGGCCCCUGAGGUGAUCCUGGCCAUGGACGAGGGUCAGUACGACGGGAAGGUGGAUGUGUGGUCACUUGGCAUUACCUGCAUAGAGCUGGCGGAAAGAAAGCCUCCUCUGUUCAACAUGAAUGCUAUGAGUGCCUUAUACCACAUCGCCCAGAAUGAAAGCCCUGUGUUGCAGUCUAAUCACUGGUCAGAUUAUUUCCGCAAUUUUGUGGACUCCUGUUUGCAAAAGAUCGCCCAGGACAGACCUACCUCUGAUGUGCUGCUUAAGCACCAUUUCCUAUGCAGAGAGCGUCCCAUGACAGCUGUGAUGGACCUGAUCGCCCGCACCAAGGACGCUGUCCGCGAGCUGGACAACCUUCAGUACCGGAAGAUGAAGAAAAUCCUCUUCCAUGAGGCACACAACGGCCCCGCACCAGAAGGAGGCGAAGAGGAAGAGGAUGUGGAGCAGUAUAUGCUGCGCACCGGCACAGUCAACAGCAUGGAGAGCUCCCACUCUUUGCCAUCCAUGUCAAUCAGUGCCAGCUCCCAGAGCAGCUCAGUCAACAGCCUGGCAGACGGCUCUGACGACAGCGGGGAGAUGGCCAUGAUGCAGGAGGGAGAGCACACCGUCACCUCUAACAGCUCCGUCCUGCACAAGCCCCUGAGCCACGACAACAUCUAUGAUGAUCCGUAUCAGCCAGAGGUUGACCCACUACGAGAAGCAUUGUCUGCAGGUGGUGGUGGAGGGGGAGGCAGCGGAGGAGGAGGGGGAGGAGGAGGAGGAGGAGGAGGGAGGCGUCGUCGAGGCAGAGACCAUUUUGCCACCAUUAGGACAGCCUCGCUCGUCACUCGUCAGAUCCAGGAACAUGAGCAGGGCUCGGCCCUGAGAGAGCAGAUGUCUGGGUACAAGCGAAUGCGCCGGCAGCACCAGAAGCAGCUGAUGGGCCUGGAGAACAAGCUGAAGGCGGAGAUGGACGAGCACCAGCUGAGACUGGACAAAGAGCUGGAGAAUCAGAGGAACAGCUUCUCAAUGGAGGGAGAAAAGCUCUCCAAGAAGCACCAGGCUAUCCUUGAGAAGGAGACAAAGGCAGUUCUGACUGAGGAGAAGAAGUUCCAGCAGCACAUACUGGGCCAGCAAAAGAAGGAGUUGACGGGUCUGCUGGAGUCCCAGAAACGGCAGUAUCGCCAACGCAAGGAGCAGCUCAAAGAGGAACUGAAUGAGAACCAGUCAACACCAAAGCGGGAGAAACAAGAGUGGUUGGUGCAUCAGAAGGAGUGUCUGCAGCAGCUGCAGGCCGAGGAAGAGGCAGGCCUGCUGCGGCGGCAGAGGCAGUAUUAUGAGCUACAGUGUCGUCAGUACAAGAGGAAGAUGCUGCUGGCACGCCACAACCUGGAGCAAGACCUGCUCCGAGAGGACCUGAACAAGAAGCAGACUCUGAAGGACCUGGAGUGUGCAAUGCUUCUACGUCACCACGAGUCCACCCAGGAGCUGGAGUUCCGCCAGCUGGGUUUGGUGCAGCGUACGCGGGCCGACCUGAUCCGCACGCAGCACCAGACGGAGCUCACCAACCAGAUGGAGUACAACAAGAGGCGUGAGCAGGAGCUGCGUCAGAAACACGCCGUGGAGGUCCGCCAGCAGCCCAAGAGCCUCAAAUCCAAAGAGCUGCAGAUUAAGCGCCAGUUCCAGGACACCUGUAAGAUCCAAACCCGUCAGUACAAGGCCCUGCGCAACCACCUGCUGGAGAACACACCCAAGUCGGAUCACAAGGCUGUGCUGAAGCGGCUGAAGGACGAGCAGACUCGUAAGCUGGCCAUCCUGGCCGAGCAGUAUGACCACUCCAUCAAUGAUAUGCUGUCGACACAGGCUCUGCGAUUGGAUGAGACCCAGGAAGCGGAGUACAAAGUGCUGCGGAUGCAGCUGCAGCAGGAGCUGGAGCUGCUUAACGCCUACCAGAGCAAGAUCAAGAUCCACACCGACACGCAACACGAUCGAGAGGUCAAGGACCUGGAACAGAGGGUGUCCAUCCGUCGCGCCCUGCUGGAGCAGAGGAUCGAGGAAGAGAUGCUGUCCCUGCAGAAUGAGCGGUCAGAACGCAUCCGCACCCUCCUGGAGCGGCAGGCCAGCGAGAUCGAGUCCUUCGACUCUGAGAGCUUGCGUCUGGGCUUCAGCAACAUGGCACUGACAGGCAUCCCCAGUGAGGCCUACCCCAUGCAGGGCUACUCCAACAUCCCGCCCCCCAGCUCCCGCUCCGCCGGCCACUGGAGCCACGGCAUCCACCCGCAGAGCGUGCCCCCGCAGCAGCACUCCCGCCGCAGCCACAACAGCAGCAGCAGCAGCGGCAUCGGUAGCAGCAGCGGAGCAGGGGACCGCCGGGGCGAGUCUUCCUCUUCCUCCCAUGCCCUGGGAAUGGCCCUGGGGCUGGGCAGAGAAGGGAGGGAGGUGCACCACUCGUCCCGUUCCUCCGCCUCCUCUUCCUCCUCCUCCUCCUCUUCUUCCUCCCACCACCAACGCCACCACCUGCCCCAGCACUACCACCACCAGAGCACGCCACAGCUCUACCGCGAGCGGGAGCGAGAUCGAGAGAGGGAGCGGGAGAAGGAGAGGGAGCGGGAGUGGGCUGGAGUGCGAGGCUCUGGCGGCGACCUGGCCCACCCACACCCCCUGCCCUUCUCCCAUCACCUGCCCUCACGCUCCUCCUCUCAGUCCCUGGCCAUGCUACCUCCCCCACCGCCCGCCCCUCCCUCCAUCUCCGGCCCGUCCUCCUCUUCCUCUUCCUCCUCCUCCUCGCAGGGGGGGAUCUACUCCGGCGGCGGGCUGGGUGUGCGCGGUGCCCCCAGCUUGUUGGCCCUGAGGAACAGCCCCCAACCUCUGAGGAGGACGGCUUCCGGCGGAGGGCCUGGAGGAGCCGGGGGCAGCGACGGCGUCCUGAGCCGAAGCACCUCAGUCACUUCGCACAUCUCCAACGGCUCCCACCUCUCCUACUCUUAAAAGGCAGGGUGGUAGCACGAAGGGUGGGAGUGAUUUAGGAAGGUAGCUUUCACAGGUUGCAUCUCAAUACUCUCAGCUUGCCACCUUGCCUUGUGUCCUUCCUAGGACUGAUCUCUACUCUCAGAAAAAAGCUACUCAGCUGAAAUGCAGAGGAUUUAGGGAUAUCACCCUUUCCUCACAACGCACAGUAAGGCAAAGAGAGGACAAACUGACAUUAUUGAGCUGCACCCUGCUCCUUUAGACUCAGGGUGGGUAGAGAGGUGUUCUCCCAUUCUCACAGGUAUAAAAAGGGAGGGAGGAAUGUAACCACCUGUAAUACCACUAGGUGAUAAUAGAUUUUUUUUUUAUUAUUAUUUUAAAGAGGAGGUUUUUGUUUAAUGUUUUUAUCUUUGUUACUGCCUGUAUAAAAGUGUGACAGGAAAUGUGAAAAUGUUCUCCCAGAGCUGCAGAGAGAGGGGACAGCAGCCAUGUCUUCUUCUAUGAUGUUCUAUGCUGGAAUGGAGAAAGAGAGAGGAUAGGGGGAGGAAAAAAAGGUGGGUUUUUUGCAUUGUGUAUGUACUUGUAUGUAGUCUGUAGUGUCCAGGUAUAUCUAGCAAGCACUCGUAACGGUGGCUCCAGAAAAUAAAAAAGGGGGAGAAUCACAUAAGAUGGGUUAGUCUCCAGCCUGCUGGGGGAUUGGAAAACACUUUUUAUUGAUUUACAACUGUUGAUGUUUUAUUGGUUUUUUUUGUAUUAAGUGUAUUAUAACAAAAACACAAAAACAAGUUGCUUGGAACGUCACCAAUGCCUUUAAGGGGUUCUUAAAGGGAUGCCGUGCCAUCAAAAAUUGUAUUUGAUGACUGCAAGAUGAUUUAAAAAACAGAAUGUUUGUAAAGGCAAGAGACUGAAAAAUUCUUUUAAAAAAUGCAGCUGGGAUGAGGAGAAACAUUUGUGAGGACAUGUAAUAAUACAAAAAAAGCUUUCUGGCAUCCAUGACAUAUUGAGUAUCCAAACAACAUAAGUGUCUAUGGGAGUCACUCCAAUGCAUGAGAUAGAUGUACGAAAAAAAACAAAAAACAUUUGUAAACAUGACCAAACCACAUUUGAAACGUACUGUACCUGUCCCAAGUUUCACUGGCAUUGAAGAUCACUUGUCCCACAUUUUUAAUCUUUACUGUACAUAUUUAUGGGAAUAUUUAAAACAAAAACAAGUCAUUGGUUUUAUAGAGUAACAAAGAUAAUGAUAGUAAUUUUGAUAUAUUCAAAUGAGUAUUGAAUUCAAGAUUUAGAGCGACAACGUCAACUGCAUUUUCUAGGUGUCGAUAUUACCAUAACUAAUCCUGAUGUAAAUGUUGUUGUAAUCAUGUUCACAUUUUUCUGGCAAAUUAGAAAAGGGCCCACUUUUGACUGUAAAAAAAAAAAAAAAAAAAAAA